AUGCUAUCGCGCCUGCCAAAUACAGCCGCAGCACCUCAAAUAGAGGGAGGGGGAGAGGGAGAGGGUCCUCACCACAUCAAGUACAUCUCUCUCAUCGCCGAGCGUCACAGCGGCUCCACGUGGAUGACUGGUUUUCUCAGCAGAUACUUUCGACACAGCGAUGUCAAGGUCACCCCAACGCUCUGCACAUGGAAGCAUUGGUUCCAAGAUCGUAUCCAUCAAGACAUCCAAGACGGCAAACGCCCCUGCCGAGAGCAUCAACAGUGCCCCGCGUGCUUGGACACCGAACACACCCUGGUGGUUGCCAUGUGGCGGAACCCGUACGACUGGAUCAGCGGAAUGCAGUCCAACCCACACCACGCAAAGGCACAUCGUGGAGUACAGGACCUGUCGGAGUAUAUGACCAUGCCGUGGAUAAUGCAACCAAAGAACGAGGAGCGCGCGAGGAAAGACGCUUUGAUCAAGGCUAAGGAGGAGGCCAAAAUCCUUGACUUCAACGCCGUCGAGACCUGGGUGCCGUUCUACGAGAAGAUUGCGGACGAAGACAUGCUUGACGGCGAGACGCUCGGGGAUUGGCUCAGGUCGCUCGAGACAAAGUAUGGCCUCGUUGGGAACUACAUCGACGUCCUGGACAGUGCUCUUGGGGAAUCAAUGGCACACUCGCGGAGCCACAUGUACUACACGAACAGCGUGUCGAUGAGCGGCUGCGUGAGUAGAUCCAAGCCUGGGACAUCUACGCCGGGGUGA